AGGUCGGUUGCGGCGGCGCGGCAGUGGAUGAGUAGCUUAGAUAUCUUUGAAAGAAGUUAGGGCUACUCAAGAUUUCAAGUAACAAAAUUUGCGGGUGCAAAGGAGUUUAGAGAACAAGAGAUAGUGGGAACAUGGCUGAUCAAGACGGAGACAAGAAGCCACUGUUGACCGAUGAGAAAGUGAUUGGGAAUGGCUCAUUUGGAGUUGUGUUUCAAGCGAAACUUGUGGAGACAGGCGAAAUUGUAGCGGUGAAGAAAGUGUUACAGGAUAAGCGAUUUAAGAAUCGCGAACUCCAAAUCAUGAAGCAGCUGAAACAUACUAACGUUGUUGAGCUGAAAAGCUGCUUCUAUUCCAAAGGGGACAAGCCAGAUGAAGUUUAUCUGAAUUUAGUCCUGGAAUUCGUGCCGGAAACAAUAUAUAGAAUUGUAAAACACUAUAGCAGAACGAAGCGCGUUGUUCCAGGUGUUUUUAUUAAGCUUUACAUGUAUCAGGUUGCCAGAGCACUUGCAUACAUUCACCAGCUUGGAAUAUGCCAUCGAGAUAUUAAGCCACAGAAUCUUCUUCUAGAUCCGCAAACUCAUGCUGUCAAAUUAUGUGACUUUGGAAGCGCAAAGAUGCUCGUCAAAGGAGAGGCGAACAUUGCAUACAUCUGUUCUCGUUAUUACAGAGCACCGGAACUUAUUUUUGGAGCGACUGAUUACACAACGGCAAUCGACACUUGGUCUUACGGAUGCGUUUUUGCGGAGCUAAUGCUCGGACAGCCCUUGUUUCCUGGUGAGAGCAAUGUGGAUCAGUUGGUUGAGAUCAUCAAGGUUGUGGGAACUCCAACAAGGGAAGAAAUUCAAUGCAUGAAUCCGAACUACACAGAAUUCAGGUUUCCUCAGAUCAAGGCUCACCCAUGGGCAAAGGUUUUCAGAGCAAAGGCACACCCCGAUGCGAUCGACCUGAUUUCGAAGCUUUUGCAGUACAUCCCCGAAAAGAGGGUAACCCCGAUGCAGUCCUGCGCUCAUGCGUAUUUCGACGAGCUGCGUGAUCCGAAUCUCCACCUCCCUAACAUGAAACUGCCGCCUCUGUUUGAUUUCACCCCCGAAGAAGUUCGCGCGGGAGGGGAACUGAUGAGAAAGCUCAUUCCUCCCCAUUACCAGGGUCAGUCAAGUGGUGCUGCUUCCUCUUCAGAAAGGCGUUAGGAUCGAUCAGAACACAGGAGAAGGGCGAAAUUGAGGGAUGGGGCAUGCAAAUUUCUUUGGAUGGGGAAUGGACUCUUCUACAUGUCAGAUGUGUGAUCAGCUUCUUGAGGUCGAAACGAAGUUGUUUACAAAAGCAAGUCAAAUCUCCAGAUGCUGUACAACAUUCUUGUACAAAUCUUAUUAGAUCUGUUGAAAGUAACGAACAUUUUAAUCCUAGCUUUGCAGUAGCUUUGCAGUAAAUCGUUGGUAUAUU